GUGAUACUGUGAAUGCUGGAAGUAAUUUUGUUAUAAGGAAGUUUUUUUUUUUACUGGGAUGCUGUACUCUUGUACUGUUGGAAUAUUUUUACCCCGUGGUAGUGGUAUUUUUACUUCAAUAAAAGUUUACAAAUAAACGCCAAUCAAAUCAAAUCAAAGAAGAAGAAGAAGAAGAGGAGAGGACGUUGGGCGGGAGCAGACUAUAAGACAGAAGAUGAGUGAUUGUGGGGAUGAGGAGGAGAAGCGACCAGUGUCACAAGGACCCAUCGAUCUGUCUGCGCCGAUUCAGGCUUAUGAUCCAUUGCCGCCUGAUGAAGUCUUAGAUUCACCCGUCAGCCAUGAAGCUGGAUCCUCACACAGACCAUCUCCUCCUAUGCGAUUGAAGAGGCGUAAAACUAAAUGGCAUCGAGCUGUCAGUGAUCUCCUUUGGAAACAGUUCAGGCCUCCUCCUGGUGAACUGUCAGAUGCUCAGUGUGAACAGCUGGCAUCAGAACUGACAUCCAACCCCUUUUACAAACAGCUGGAUCUGAGUAGAAACUCUCUGAAGGAAUCAGGAGCAGAGCUGAUUUGUGCUGCACUGGAGAGUCCAGGCUGUAGACUGGAGACCCUCAGACUGAGUGACUGCGUCUUGUCAGAGAGAUGUUAUGCUUCACUGGUCUCAGCUCUCGAGUCGAGGCAGUCCUCCCUGAGAGAGCUGGACCUGAGUGGAAACAAGCACCUGAAGGAUUCAGGACUGAAGCUGUUGUCUGCUGGACUAAAGCAUCCAUUCUGCAGACUGAAGACUCUGAGACUUGUGUGCUGUGAACUGACGGAGAGCAGCUAUGCUUCUCUGCUCUCAGUGCUUGAGAAUAACUUCAGACUGAGAGAGCUGGACCUGAGUGGAAACUGUCUGCAGGAUUCAGGAGUGACGAAGCUGUGUGCGGGACUUAGGAGACCAUUCCGUUUCUUGGCGACUCUGAGAAUUAGCUGCUGCAGUUUGUCAGAGAACAGCUGCAGUUCUCUGGCUUCAGCUCUGAAGUCCAACUCUUGUCGUCUUGAAGAACUGGACCUGAGUCUCAACCAGCUGCGGGACUCAGGAAUAAAGGCGUUGUCUGUUGGACUGGAGAGUCGUGGCUGUAGACUGAAGACUCUGAGGUUGAUAAGCUGUGAGUUCUCAGAUGAGGGCUGCGCUUCUCUGGUGUCAGCUCUGAAAUCCACGGCCUCUAAUCUGACUGAGCUGGAUCUCAGUGGGAACCAGCUGCAUCACCAAGGAAUGACGCUGCUGACUGAAUAUGUGAAAAGUUCACAUUGUAAACUGCAGACUCUAAGAGUGGACAGGGGACAAAACUUGAUCACCGCUGACAUCAGUACGACACACGCAGCUACUGAUUUGUCUGAGGAGGCGGAGGAGAAAGAAGUGGUAGAGGGCGUAUCAAGGUCCUCAGGACAUCACAGUGCUGGCAUAUCAGACAGGUCUUCAGGUGGUGGUUUGUACACAAAUAUGCUGCUGCAACCUGUCUCCAGAGUGCGGACUCCUAUAUUUUCUUAUGGCGUAUCAAGGUCCUCAGGACAUGACAGUGCUGGCAUAUCAGACAGGUCUUCAGGUGGUGGUUUGUACACAAAUAUGCUGCUGCAACCUGUCUCCAGAGUGCGGACUCCUAUAUUUUCUUAUGGCGUAUCAAGGUCCUCAGGACAUGACAGUGCUGGCAUAUCAGACAGGUCUUCAGGUGGUGGUUUGUACACAGAAGGGAUUCUGCAACAUUUCGGUGGCUCACCAUCAUAUUUGGCAGGGAGACCAAAAAGAGUUGAGUCUUUCUUACCUGAUGACAAAAUAUAUGAGCUCUCAGGUCAUUAUGAUUCACACGCUAAACCAAAAAUACCAACUCACCUUUUCAGUACUCUGGCGUCGGGGACACCAGGAAAAACACGGUAUCCAAACGCAGCAAAGACAAAGCUUGAGUCAUCUGAGGACAAGAGCGAGGUUAUGAAGGGCGUAUCAAGGUCCUCAGGACAUCACAGUGCUGGCAUAUCAGACAGGUCUUCAGGUGGUGGUUUGUACACAAAUAUGCUGCUGCAACCUGUCUCCAGAGUGGGGUCUCCUACAUUUUCUUAUGGCGUAUCAAGGUCCUCAGGACAUCACAGUGCUGGCAUAUCAGACAGGUCUUCAGGUGGUGGUUUGUACACAGAAGGGAUUCUGCAACAUUUCGGUGGCUCACCAUCAUAUUUGGCAGGGAGACCAAAAAGAGUUGAGUCUUUCUUACCUGAUGACAAAAUAUAUGAGCUCUCAGGUCAUUAUGAUUCACACGCUAAACCAAAAAUACCAACUCACCUUUUCAGUACUCUGGCGUCGGGGACACCAGGAAAAACACGGUAUCCAAACGCAGCAAAGACGAAGCUUGAGUCAUCUGAGGACAAGAGCGAGGUUAUGAAGGGCGUAUCAAGGUCCUCAGGACAUCACAGUGCUGGCAUAUCAGACAGGUCUUCAGGCGCUGAUUGGUUCAGAGGGAUUCUGCAACAUUUCGGUGGCUCACCAUCAUAUUUGGCAGGGAGACCAAAAAGAGUUGAGUCUUUCUUACCUGAUGACAAAAUAUAUGAGCUCUCAGGUCAUUAUGAUUCACACGCUAAACCAAAAAUACCAACUCUCUUCAGUACUCUGGCGUCGGGGACACCAGGAAAAACACGGUAUCCAAACGCAGCAAAGAUGAAGCUUGAGUCAUCUGAGGACAAGAGCGAGGUUAUGAAGGGCCCAUCACACUUUACACCUGAAGUGUUAAAUGAAGGUGGAAACAUCUCGUACAGGUUCUGGGGCCCAUGUCCAGGUGUGUUCCUGUGUGAUAUGACUAAGCUGGCGUUUACGAUGACUGGGGCGGGGAAGCUGACAUACAAGGUCGUCCGCUGGGAUGAGGAGCUCCUCCGCUCAGCUGGAAAGACGGCUGCAGGUCUGCUGUUUGACAUCAAGUGUUCUGAGGAUGCUGUCUCUCAGCUGCACUUCCCACACUGUGAAACACAACUUGCAUCGCUCUCUGAGGCCCUGUCUGUUGUCCACAUCAGUGAUGAUGGAAUGAGCAUCCUUAAGCCGCGGGAAAUAACAGACACACAUGUGAUUGUGGACAUCCCUCACCUCUCUGCCUUUGGCUUGGUAUGGGAUAUCAUUAAAAGGUUUCUAAACAUCGGGAAACCAAUAAGGGGCCAAGUUCUGCUGUUUCGCCAACCGACGUACAAAAGACAAAGCCGAAAACUCAAUGUGUUUCUGCUGCCAGAUAACGUCCCGGUGCAGGAGGUGAAAGGGCAACUGGACGAAGCUGAGUACAUUGUGGCUCCUUCCUUCUGUCACCUCAUUAGAGGCCAAACGUACAGUCUGGACUGUCCUGAGGCCUAUAUAGUACCUCCGUUUGCAGUAUUUGACUUCAACUAUGGACCAAAUUACCACCCGACUUUUGAGAUUCGGCUAACGGCAAGCGAGCAGUUAGCGAUUGUGAAAGUCCGAGACCAAGAGAAGAAACACGUCUGGGAGUAUCCUGUUGAACUAACUGAUUCAAAACCAGCCUCAAGUUCAGCUUCCCAACCCCCAGCCAGUGAACCAGCCUCGCCCCCCGGCCCAGUUGAAGAAGGAGGUUGUGAUCCAAGUGGGAGAAAUCUACCAAGCAGAGGGGAGGACGAGGAGGAGCUGUUCUCUGCUCGGGCAGAGUUUAUUGCCAGAGUGUCCAUUUCUGUUCUAAAAGACCUGAUGGAUCAGCUUCUGCAAAAGAGGGUUAUAAACGAAAGGGAAAAGGAGUCGAUCCCAGCGUUGCCCAGAGCAGACAAAGCAGAAGGCCUGAUCGACAUGGUGCUAAGGAAGGGAAAUCCAGCCUGUAGACUUUUGAUCGACACCUUCUGUGAGGUGGAUCCGUAUCUUUCUGCACAGCUGGAGUUAAACUGAAACAAAAGUAAGAAACUGUUGGAUGAACCUUGCACAGAAGACCAGACUCUAACAUCUGGUGCGAGAAAACUGGAGAAAUGUUUACAGCAUUUAUAUCAAACUGUAAUGAUGCAAAACUCAGGCAGAAGCUAAACACUGUCACAUUAUGUUUGUUUUUCAACAGAUCUUUUAAAACAUUUUUUUACUGUCCUGAAUAAAGGACUCCACUCAUCAUGUGGUUUUGUUAUAGCAUACUGUAUAUUUUAUAUGGCACACUUUAUGUAUCAGUGUAAAUAUAUGUACAACUUAAAGUGUUGGUGGGACUUAUUCUUACAUGAGCUCAACUUGUAUCAGUUGUCUGUCUAAUUAUUUUUUUAUAAAAGACAUUUUCUAUUCUAAGAUAUUUUUCUACGUAUUUCUUGAAUGUAAAAUGUGUCUGUGUAACACAUACAGUAUAUAUUGUAUUUAUGUGCAUUAUUUAAUGUCAAACUGUUUGUAAUUCUUCACUGCACUUUUCAAAGACAGUUACAAAGGCA